AAUGCUGUACCUUUGCAGCAGUGAGAGGCAACAUUUCUUCAUCCGGCUACAAGCAAUCGUGGUGGAGUCUUUUUGAGAAAAACCAAAUAAGCCAGCGAUGGAACAAGCGGUGGGAGAGAAGGAAGAGGAUUGCUCUUUCUUGUUUUUUUUGUACUGCUGCAUCUGUCGUGGUGAUGCUGAGGGUGAAUCUUGUGAAUGACUGAGGCGGCGGAACGGCUAAGUGAGACUAACAAGUGGUUGCCAUGCAGCAGCAGGCGCGAGUGUGCGUGCUCCUGGAGGGAGAAACGGAAUGAUAAUGAGUAGGAGGCAGCACGUAAAGCGCCAUAAGAAGAGGAGCUCUAUCUCUGACAAGAGACAAGUAUCAUAGCUCGAUCCGUCCCCCCUCUCUCUCUCUCGCUUCAUCGUUUGGCUUUGGCGGCAGGUUUUGCCUUUGGGAUGGAUGGAUUUGUAGAUAUACGCUUUAGGUCUCUGAGGAAGAGGAGCUGUUUGUCGGAAAGAGCAGCAACAGGUCUGUAAUGACGGAACAAUGACGACGGUAACAUGCGGGCUUCUGAACACCUGACACCAUCACGGGAGAGAUGAGGCACCCAGAUGUUGGUCUACCAUGUCGAGCAUCCACUACAACCACUCCCUUGCUGCCAUGAGCGGAAACGACGUGAUGGCGCACACUCUGACUCUGGAGCAGAAGACGACGUUUGCCUUCGUGGGGAUGCUGCUGGUGUUCCUGGGGCUGCUGAUAGUCAGGUGCUUCAGGAUCCUGCUGGACCCCUACAGCAGCAUGCCAUCCUCCAACUGGUCCGAUGGCAUUGAGGGACUGGAGAAAGGGACGUUUGAGUACGCCCUUACCUAACACAGGGGAAACGCACAGGAAUGUGGAGGCACCCGUAUGUGUAUACUUAUAUAAGACUACCCUGCACAACCGUUGCACCUGACACAUUUGUCUGUCUGCGAUGGACUACAUUAAGAGAUUGAAGCUGUGUGCACUGUUAGUUCAGAGCCGAUGUGGCGUCUCUGUCCCAUAUGUGGCCAUGCGUCUUGUUAUGUGCGUCUGAACGAGUGCAUGGCACAGAUGCCAUGUCAUAUUCUUUGCCGUCCUGCCAGCAGGUGUGUGUUUCAGCUCAUUAGUUCACAUGAAGAUGGCUGAAGCUCCCUUGAACCCCUGCCUACAUGUUCACAGAACAGGGCAGGCUUUUAGGGUGCAGUGGAAUUAUUCAGACGUACUGACUCAGGGACACGAUUCCUUACUGUAUGUGAACUCAGAGUGGUUGCACAAGAAUGUCAUUUGCUGGAUACGGGGUAUUAUAUCAGACUAGUGCUUUGUGGAUGAAUCAAAUCCAGUCUGUAGGUAAUC